AUGGAACAUCCAAGUAUACUUGAAUGGUAUACAAAAUAUGUUCGAGCAUUAAAAUUUACUAAUCAUGCAUUAUUUGAUUUUAUUGUUAGUGAUGGUGAUGAUAGAAAACUUUAUGAAAAUAAAUUUAAUCCAUAUGUAAAUUCAGCUAUUACUGCAUUUUAUCAUUAUUCAAAUACUACAGAUAUUUUUUUUCGAUCUGAUCAUUGA